UGUGUGUGUGUGUAGGUACGCAGGUACCUGACGCCCAGAACAACGUUUGUUGAUACAUCAUGGGAACAGGUGGGAACAUGCCAGAUGUGGCCUGUUUAUUACCUCUGGUCAGUUUGCAUGUUGGAGACCUUUAAAUCUGGAGCUAUUGGCAAACUUUGAAAUGAGGACACAAUGUCCUUUUCUUUUGGAGAUUCCUUGUUGCAAAGAGUGCGACACGAGAAGUGAAGCAAAGAGUCAGCGAUGUGAUUCAGGUUUGGAAUAAAUGUACUUCCACUGCUGACGUGUGUUCAUGUGUUCAUCUGCAAAGGUGCAGGACCUCUGUCACAGAGCAGAUAUCUGUGCAGGGGACUCCGCAGACAAGCAUCCGACUGCUGGCAGCUCCAGAGUUUGUGCGAGAAGUGUGAAGAUCAUUUGAUGAAAGGUAAAUAGGUUGCUCAAAAGAAAGCGUUAUUUAUAGUGAGCAGUAUUUUUUCAUGUCUAAUAAGAGGUUUUUUUCAAUUUUGAUGCUAAUUCUGGCCCAGUCUUUUAUAUUGCAGAGUUCAGUAUGAUGUUUUCACUAAUAAUGUUGAAUUAAACGUCAACGUAUAAACGGUUCAACAGUUCAUCAAAUACCCUCGUUGUGUGAUGAAUGAAUACAUUCUUGGGAUUAGAACUGGUGCAGGAUGACGCAGCCGUCAGCCAAUAAGAGGACUCGUUCCAGGCGGCGCUGUGGCCUAGUUUGUUUCACCUGGUAGAGCUUUAAUAGCUUUAAUUAAAUGUGAUAAUUGGAAACCGCCGACCUGACACCAUGACAAAUCCCUGUGCAUUUGUUCAAACGUUUCUUCUUCUAAGACCCACAAUGCAAACGGUUUGAUGUGUUAUAAUCCAAAAUGAUGAGGUGAGUAAAAAAAACAAUCAUGAAUUGAAUCCUGCAUUGAUCUUGUGUUAAAACGGCAAAUGGUCCCGUGUGGAAUGCAGCAUAAAUACACAUUUAAGCUCCUGACUUGCUGGUAUUGGGCUUCAAAAAACAUUUGUUAUUGUUAUUUCUGCACUACCAUCUUUUUUGUCACAAGAACACUUUUUAUACUAAAUAAUUAAAUUGUUAUAAAUGCAUGUAAUUUCAUAUUUCAAAGGAGUUUGAAUUUUUAAGGUUUACCGUGUCCCCAUUUUACUCGUUGUGUACAAUGUAGAUUAAAUUAAAAAAUAAAUGGCGUUACUUUCAUGCCUGUUUUAUUGGUCAGUAAGUAUAGUUUUAUUAUUUUUUCCUGAUUUACUUUAGGCAAACAUGCUGCAAGUAAUGUUAACAAUCUUUUAUGGUCCCUGUUUAUGGAAGCCCAUCAAAACCACUCCUUUAAAGUCAUUAUAAUGAUAAACUCAUAAUAUUGAUAUAGCAUAUCAUAAUGAAUUGGUAAUAAUUAUGACAUAGUUUAUCGUUUAACAACUUUUAAGGAGCUUUUAUUUUUUUCAAAGCGGCACUAAUGACCUUCCAUACAUUGUUCGAGAUUUUCCUCAGGGUGGAGGUAAUGCUCCAAAAAUUGGUUGCCAACCGCCAAUCGAAAAUCAGAAGAAGAAGAAGAAGAAGAAGAAGAAGACGAAGAAGAAGAAGCUUUCGCAUUUACCCGCGAAAAAGGGAAAAAACACAAACAAAUUGACACACGUCUCUCUACCGGCUAUAAGACUCCUUUCUUCCACCACAAUGCCCGCCACGUCGGAAAUACACGCAGCAGAGGAGGAGAAGUCUGCAGAGGAGGUGAAGUCUGCAGAGGAGGAGAAGGAGAAGAAGAAGAACUUUGGUGUCUUCUGCGAUGAGCGCGGGUACCUGGACCAGAUCGAGCUCAUCAUGCAGCAGGGCCGCAGGAAGGGAGACCGAACCGGCACCGGAGUCCUCUCCGUGUUCGGGGCUCAGGCCAGAUACAGUCUGAGAGACCAGUUCCCUUUGCUGACGACCAAGCGCGUGUUUUGGAAAGGCAUCCUAGAAGAACUGCUGUGGUUUAUUAAGGGGUCGACGAACGCCAAGGAGCUCUCUGAGAAGGGGGUGAAGAUUUGGGAGGCCAACGGGUCGCGAGGCUUCCUGGACAACCUCGGGUUCUCCGAGAGGGAGGAGGGCGACCUGGGGCCCGUGUAUGGCUUCCAGUGGAGGCACUUUGGGGCCCAGUACACAGACAUGCACGCAGAUUACACGGGACAAGGCGUUGACCAGCUGCAGAACGUCAUCGACACCAUCAAAAAGAACCCGGAGGACCGGCGGAUCAUCAUGUGUGCCUGGAACCCCAAAGACCUGCCCCUCAUGGCGCUGCCCCCCUGCCACGCCUUGUGUCAGUUCUACGUGUGCGACGGCGAGCUGUCGUGUCAGCUGUACCAGCGCUCGGGCGACAUGGGCCUCGGGGUGCCCUUCAACGUCGCCAGCUACGCGCUCCUCACCUACAUGAUCGCACACAUCACGGGACUCAAGCCGGGCGACUUCGUUCACACGCUGGGAGACGCUCACAUCUACGUCAACCACACGGAACCUCUCAAAAUACAGCUCCAGAGGGAGAUCCGCCCCUUCCCCAAGCUGAAGAUCCUGAGGAAAGUGGAGAGCAUCGAUGAUUUCCGGGCAGAGGACUUUGAGAUCUGCGACUACAACCCUCAUCCGGCCAUUAAGAUGCAGAUGGCCGUGUAGAGAUUAGUGUACAAUGUGUUACACAAGAAAGAACAUUUUACAAGUUCAGUA